UAAACGGAUCUUAUUUAGAAUCUAACAAAAAAUUAAUAUUAAAAUUUUUUUUUGGAUAAAUUUACCAUUUUAUUUUCAUUUCAUAAUAACAAAUUAAACUAAUUUCUGAAUAUUUUUACUGUUACAGAUAAAAAUGAACUAUUAUAGCAAAAUAUGUAUUAUUUUACUAAAAAUAAUAAUUUUUAAUGUUAUAACUGUUUAUACAAUUGAUGAAUUGGGACAGAAUACUGAAAAUCAAACAUCUAUUACUAUUGAUGAUUUGAAUAUACUCAUCAGAGAAUAUCCUGCAUUUAUACAGUUGAAAUUACAAAAACAAGAAUAUUACACAGGUAAAGAUAUAGCUCGUUGUCCUAUGCCUUACAAUAAAAAUACUAUAUUAGACGAUCCCGAUGUUGUGUCUCAUGAAUUAUUCAACCCAAGGGAAUGUAAAAAACCUUGGACAUGGACGCGAAAAAAUGAAAUAGAUGUUCCUGUAUCUAUUAACGGUACAGUUGGUAAAAAAUUAGGAGAUAUCAUUCGACCGUGUAUUAAAAACAAUACUAAUAUUAUACAAUGUUAUACUCACUAUCUGAAUGUUAUUGAAAGCGUUGGUUUAACAUUUGUAGACAGAUUUUGUUUGUAUCAAAUUGAAUAUUGGGAUAGAAUUUCAGUUAUGUCUAAAAAUAUAGAUUAUUCAGAAAACUUUAGUUUGUUUAAUAUUAAACCAAAUAUUUUAGUACUUCACUCGAUUGUAAAAAAUACUUAUCAACUAUUAUUUAAUAUAUAUGCUGCAUUUAGACGAUAUCAUAUAUCUACUCUACCUCUUGAUUGUGUUAUAAAUCUCAAGGUGAAUAUGUUUAAUAUUAUUAAUGGGAAUAAUGCAUUCGUUCAAAAACUUAGAGAACAAUUUUUAAAUUGUCGGGAAUUAAUGAAAUCAAAACUAAAUUAUGCUGUAUUAGACAAUAUUGAGAACUGGGAAUGGGAUAUUACUUCUGAUAACAAACCUGAUGACACUGUAUUAAUGACUACACAAUACAAAAAUGAUAAAGUAGGAAUAAAUCUAUUUCCGUACAACGAACCAAAAAAAAAUUAAUUUUGUGUAUAAACAAAGAAUAAUUGUAAAUAUUAUUUUAAUAUUAUUUAUUGAAAAU